CUGCCUGUCUCUAGGUAAUGCUGCGGCUAACAUGGACGCUGUGUGAUGGUGCUGUGUGUGCUCUUCACUCCUGGACCCUGUGUCGCCGAGUCCCCCUCCCUCUACAAGCUUAGCUCUUCUGUGUGACCAUGGAGGGACCCCCAGUGUAUAGAUGAGGAGCCCCCAUAGGACUGCACUACCCCCCCUUGCUCCAUAGGAUCUCCUGCAACCAUGGCUGGGAUUAUCAAAAAGCAGAUCUUGAAGCAUUUAUCCAGGUUCACAAAGAAUCUGUCCCCGGAUAAAAUCAACCUCAGCACCCUUAAAGGAGAAGGUCAGUUGACUAAUCUGGAACUUGAUGAAGAUGUGCUGCAGAACAUGUUGGAUUUACCAACUUGGCUUGCCAUCAACAAAGUCUUCUGCAACAAAGCUGCUAUUCGGAUACCGUGGACUAAGUUGAAGACUCAUCCAAUUGCUGUGUCUUUGGAUAAAGUAAUCAUGGAAAUGAGCACAUGCGAUGAGCCGCGUGCAUGCAACGGACCCUCUCCCCUGGUGACUGCUUCCGGACAGAGUGAAUAUGGAUUUGCGGAAAAAGUUGUGGAAGGAAUCUCCCUGUCGGUGAACUCCAUCGUUAUCCGUAUUCGAGCGAAGGCUUUCAAUGCCUCCUUUGAAUUAUCCCAGCUAAGAAUAUACAGUGUGAAUGCAAACUGGCAGCUCAGCGACCUGCGGUUCACUCGGAUACAAGAUCCCCAGCGUGGAGAGAUACUGACGUUUAAAGAGAUAAACUGGCAGAUGAUCCGGAUAGAAGCAGAUGCCAUUCAGAGCUCUGAGCAUGAAAUAAUGAGCGCACCCGUCCGUUUGAUCACCAAUCAGUCCAAAAUUAGAGUCACGCUGAAGAGAAGACUAAAAGAUUGUAAUGUGCUGGCAUCAAAACUGGUACUCAUGCUAGACGAUUUGUUGUGGGUGCUGACUGACUCCCAGCUGAAAGCCAUGGUCCAGUAUGCCAAGUCCUUAAGUGAAGCAAUAGAAAAAUCCACAGCUCAGAGGAAGAGCAUGGCCGCCUCCACAGAGCCUGCACAAAGUUCGACACCCCCCACCAGCUCCCAGCAAGUAAAGACCCAGCAAACCUCAGCAACCCCUGAACAGAACCAAGCUAUUUUAAAUCUGUUCCGAGACUUCGAUGUAAAAGAAACCUCCCAUCAUCUAGUUAUUUCCCACCUGGAUCUGCACAUCUGUGAUGAUAUUCACUCCAAGGAAAAAGAUCUGGACAGGAGAAUUACAGGAGGAGCCAUGCAGUUGUCAUUUAAUCAGCUGACGGUGGACUAUUACCCAUAUCACAGGGAAGGAGACAGCUGCAGCCACUGGAUGUAUUACUGCGAUGCCACAAAGACAAGAUGUUCUUGGGCCCAGGAGCUGCUUCAGGAGUUUAAGUGUAAUGCAGAUAUGUUGAAACAAGCGGUAAAAGAUCAUGUUUCUGGGUCUCCUUCAAAAUCCAUGCCCAACAUAUCCCAUCAGUAUGGACACCCAGGGUCUGAAUCCAGCAGUAAAGCAUCUUUUCUCACCGCAACGUUGGAGCAGCUUAAAUCCAAACUAAUGUCUAGCUGUUUUGUGGUUAGACUUGCUGAUUUUAACAUUUUUCAAGUUUCCACAGCAGAUCAGUGUCGAUCUUCCCCUAAAACUAUGAUUUCCUGCAACAAGAAGAGCUUGUAUCUUCCCCAGGAAAUGUCUGCGAUUCAUAUUGAAUUUACUGAAUAUUAUUUCCCAGAUGGAAAGAAUUUCCCCAUUCCAAGUCCCAACCUAUAUGUUCAGCUGAAUGCUCUACAGUUUACAGUGGAUGAGCGAAGCAUUCUAUGGCUGAACCAGUUUAUCCUGGACCUGAGGCAGAGCGUCGACCAGUUUAUGGCAAUGUACAUGCUGAACGACAACUCCAAGUCAGAUGAGCACAUCGAUAUCAGGGUAGAUGGCCUCAUGAUGAAGUUCUUCAUACCUUCACAAACAAAAUCUGAUUGUCACCAGGACCAGCCAACAGCCAUCAGUGUCCAGACAUCCGAAAUGAUAGCAAGUAACACUAGGCAAUCUCCUAACUGCAGGCGUUCAGAUCUUGAAACCAUAUUUCAGGAUUUUAAAGAAUACCCAUUCUACUCUAAAUCGUUCACCUCCUUCCCCCGGUCAGCGGAGAGUUUUGAACUCCUGCACUCCAUAUUCCAGAGGCAUGCUUUUGAACAGGACACUAAAAUGCAUGAUGUAUACAAGGGAUUCAUUACACCAAAGCUGGACACUAAUGCACUAAAAACUUCUAGUGCUAAAGACAUCUGGGCAAUACAUUUCACACAGUUUUGGGUUGACUAUGAAGGAAUAAAGAGUGGUAAAGGUAGACCAGUAAGCUUUGUUGAUGCUUUUCCAUUAUCAGCCUGGCUCUGCCAGCCCACGCGUUUUGCGCAAUGUCAGAAACUGAUUGCGUCGAACAGUGGUCAUCAAGUAAAUCUUUCCAAAAGUGAAUCUACGGACUUUGCCGGUCGUAUUCAGCACAAGAAACUUUUAAAACAAUUUUACAGCACUGAAAUAGAUGGUCGGAGUACCUCAUUACAGAAGUCCCAAUCCCUAGACAGCAGCCUGUCCUCCACCCCUGACCAUGAGUCACCACAAGCAGACAUCCAGGUGCUUGCGCACAUACAAAAACAUGUCAGCUUACAAAUGAAUCAUUAUCAGUAUGUUUUCUUACUGCUGCUCCAGGAAUCACUAAAGCAACUCAUGGACAAUCUAAUCAAGGAUGUGGAGUCUGUGACUGGGAAACCAGCUGAGGAGACCAAGCUCUCCAUAGGCGUGCUGCUAAAAAGUGCUGAAGUUUCUUUAUUGUUGCAUCCAUUGCCAGAGGAAAAUAUGCCCCAUUGCCCUCUUUCCCGGGAUGGUAGCCCCGUUGUGGACAAUAAACAAACUCUUCCAUCAGAUAGUACUCAAGAUGUUGACAUGGGUAAUCCCCGUAUGGAUUUACUCAUGGAUUCUUUCAGUGGUGACUCUGGAGAAAUACUAGAACCCAAUAAGAUUGUUUUGCCAGAGACUCUGUUGACAAAGUCACCCAGUGAUACUGACAUUUUGAAAAGGACGACCAGCUUGGAAGGUGCUUCUGAUAGGGUGUCGCUGAAAGCAGAAGGCGGAGCUUUGUGUCAGGUUAUUAAUGUUAAUGGGCUCAAUGAUGGAGGCCACUUUAGUAGUGAUGACAGUAUCUCCAACCCAGUCAAAGAUAUUGAAGAAACCUUUGGUAGCUUUCAAUCCGCUGAUAGUGAUUCUGUGAUAGAUAAUUCGCUCUUCAGUGGUCAUUUUUUAGAGGCACAGAAGAAGCACACUGAUACCAGUGGAACCCCUAAGGAACGCUGCUCGUCCAACCUGCCUGCCUUCUCUGUUUCUUACAAGAACAUGAAGAGGACUCCUUCGCAGUUCUCCUUGGACAAUAUUUCCAUUGACAGCAACAUGUUGGAUGAACAUUUGGUGGAGAGUGAUGGGAGUGACCCAUUAGAAGCAGGACUGGAGGACUUCUCCUCUUUGAACUAUCAGUCUACAGUAGAUACGGCCAGUGUGGAGCUGAGGAACGAGGAUUACUGUGCGUCAUCGCCAGAUGCAGUUAGCGCAGUUGAUGAAAGUACACAUGAAUCCAGAGAAGAUGUGAUGUCCGUGGUAGUAUUUAAAAUUAUUGGUGUUAAUUGCGGGAUCGACAUCAAGGGAGAAGAUGUCGCUGUUGGCCUUCAGGUUAACCAAGUGAUCCCAAAACAGCUCGGGAAUGUUAGUGUCUGGCAAUACCUCAACAGCCGGAACAUGAACUCUGAUCAAAAGUCAUCAAAGGGGCAGAGAAAGUCGUGUCCGGAGAUCAGUCUGAGGCUAGAGACCGGUCCUAGCGCUAAACGCUAUUCUUUACUUGCUGCUGAAAAUGGGUUCCUCCAGUGCCAAGUGACAGAUUUUAGCUCUGAGUUCUUCACCUCCACCCUUGCGAAUAUCCACCACUUCAUAGAUGAGGAUUCAGUUGCCGAAAUCAUGCCAAUGAAGAUAAGGGUUCAGAAGGCAAAGCUUCACUUACAGGAUGAUAGUCCCAGGAAUAACAACAGUGACCCAGAGUCCAUUGUCCUAAAUAUUGAGAAUCUCUUUGUUGAGAGAUAUGAUGAUGGAUCCUUCUGUAUCAAAGGUAAUCCAGACUCAAGCACUGACACCAGCACCAAUCCUAAAGAAUCAAAUGCGAUGCCUUCAGUGAACUCUGACAGUACUAAUAGUAUACAGCACAGAAGUAACGCUACAAAAUGCACACAGACACUUUGUGACAGCCCCGCACCCGCUGAGCCGUUGGAUGUAAAAGGGAGCCUCAAUUGGAAGAUGCCGGUGAUUAGUAUGGAACAGCUUCUUGACGAAAAUGAAUGUCUAAAGCAGGAAUUGGCCAAAACCAAAAUGGCCCUUGCAGAGGCCCACAUGGAAAGGGACAGCUUACUUCAUCAAAUUAAGAGGCUUACACUGGACAAAUAGCGCUAGCUCUUGGAUUUUGUAUUGGACUAUAACCCAUUGGAUACGCUUAGUAGCAUUUCUGAUUGCGGCUCCUUUGGAAGUUCACUAAAACUAAAAUUCGAGCCACCAGGACCAUUUUUUUUCCCUUCCAGGAGUUGAAGAUGAUGUAUAAAGACUACAUGUUUUACAUGACCGUCAUACUGCUCCAUUGUCUUGAAGGGGGAUUAGAAAGAACGCUCUGCUUUCUUCUAGAAACUGUGCCACUCUUGUACAUGAACUGUGUCUGGUAUUACAACUUAGUCUCAUUGACUUGAAUAGAAAAAAAGCUGAACUACCAGACACAACAGGAGAGUGGCGCUGCUUCUGGGAGAGAGAAAAAAACACUUAUUUUUUUUCUCUUUAACUUCUUUAACCAUAUCUAUUAGAUUUCAGAUGUGAAGCUCUGAAUUUGUUUUCAAAGUAUUAAAAUAAAAUAAAAAAAGGUUUUGGCAAAUUGUUUAAUUAUUUAAGAAAAGUGUAACAUCCAGUAUGUUAAUUAUCUUUAGACAAAAUUGGUUUUAUUAUUGGUUAACAAUUAUUUUUGAAUUUUUAUUUGCACUAUCAAUAAAUAAUUUGAU